GUGAGCAGCCCCCAGCCUGGCCCAGGGCAUGCCCCAGUUCACUUUCGCUUGCUUCUGUGGCCUCCACGGUUUCUGCAAGAUGAAGAGGAAGAAGGAGGAAGUUCACAGAGAGCGGGAAACGGCGGUGUGAGCGGAGCCAGGGCCCCUUCUUCAGCCCCCAGCAGGUCCUAGGCCUGAGGCGCCUGCUUCUGUCUGAGGCUUGGAGCAGGAAGUUUCCAUCUGGCCAGGGCUCUUCUCAGGCGACCCGACCACCUGACCCCGUCUAACCUGUGAGCAUCAGCCUCCUGUGUGCCCUGGCCUCCUCCUGCCCCUGGGUUUCCAAUCCUGAGACCUCCCUGAAGAGAGGCCCCAGUCACACCAGGGGAAGCCCAGGACCUGCCGUGUGCCUUCCAGAGACUGAGAAGCCCCAGGGAGGCCCCAGGAACGGAGCUUCUUUCUGUCCUGAGGUCCCAAGGGCUCUGGGACUCUGCUCAGGGUAACCACUCCCAUGAGGGACAUGCUGCCUUGGGCCAGGGGAGCUGUUGCUAAAUGGGAAACUGGCUGCUCUGCCAGAGAAACUCCCAGCAGCCUUGACCGUGGGAGAGGCCUCAGGCAGGUAGAUGUGUGAGACAGACCUGCUCCAAGCCCAGGAUGGAGUCUCUCCCGGGAUGCCAGGACCUGAGGCGCGAGCCUCCACAGAGCCCAGAGCCGAGUCCACAGGAAUGUGGCCAGGAGAUGAGUCCUUUACCGUCUGUCCCCUCCCAGUGUCCCUUUGGGCCAGGCCUGAGGGAGGCCACCUGGCUGUGAGUGGCGUGGCUGUGCAGGGCCAGUGAGGGGCCGGGCAGACGUCUGUCCUCACCUUGCCCCAGCUCGCAGCAGGCUCUGUGUCUCUCUCUGCACUGCUCUCUCCCACACUCCAGAAAGCAGCCUUCCCUCCAGCCCGGCCUCUCUGCCCACUCAUCUCCACUAUGUCUCCUCGGCAGCAGCUCAGAUGUGGGCGGCCUCCUUCCCAGGCCCUGACUCCCCUCCUCAGGGACUGCCUUCCGGGGCCAGACCGGGUGAUCCCUUUCCUGGACUAAACUGAGCCCUCCCUUUGUUCUCUCAUCUCCUGCCUCACUCACCUGCCCCUUCCUUCUCUUCUCAGAAGCCCUAGAGGGGGAAAUGCUGGCAUGUGGUGCCUUUAGGGGACGCUCUGGGAGGAGGGGGCCCUCUAAGACCUUUCUUGACUUGUCCCCUAAUCUCCUUACCUCCAGCAACCUUCAGGGUCAGAAUCUGUCUCCACUCCCAGGCUAUUUCCAGGAGGUAGGAAGCAAACAAAAAACCAUCUCCUUCC